UCGCUCAGGUAGACGAGUCAAACCAGGAAGUGUUUACGCGAACAUGACAAACGCAACUUGCAGGCUUUAAACAUGUCAAAGGAAGUCCGAUAUUGUGAGAGGUGCUCGUACAUCUUCCUCAAAUUCUUUUUAGUCGUAUAUGCAACGCUUUUCUGGUUGAUAGGGGCCUUUGUUUUGGCCAUCGGCAUUUAUGCAGAAGUGGAAAGGCAACGCUACAAAACUCUGGAGGGGGCGUUUCUGGCUCCUGCUAUUAUUCUUAUUGUCCUUGGUGUGAUUAUGUUCAUCGUCUCCUUUAUUGGGAUCCUGGCAUCUCUCAGAGACAAUUUGUGCCUUCUCAAAGUGUUUCUUUUCACUUUGGCUAUUUGUCUCAUUUUGGAACUUGUUGGUGGGAUUGUUGCUCUGAUCUUUAGGAAUCAGACAGUGGACCUUCUCAACAAAAACAUCCGUAAAGGCAUGGUGAAUUAUUACGAUGACCUUGAUUUCAAAAACAUAAUGGAUUUUUUUCAAGAAACGUUCAAAUGUUGUGGGGGAAAUGAGUACAAGGACUGGGAGGUCAACAUGUAUCAUAACUGCACUGCUCCAGGACCAUUAGCCUGUGGAGUUCCUUAUACUUGCUGUCUCAACAACAAGCCUUCUGAAGUUGUUAAUACGAUGUGUGGAUACAAGCUCUUAGAGAAAGAGAGGCUAGAUAAUAUAGAUAUCAUCUACAUACGAGGUUGCACCGAUGCAGUCUUCCUUUGGUUAAUGGACAACUACAAAAUAAUGGCUGGACUUCUUCUGGGGAUCUUACUGCCUCAGUUUUUUGGUGUGAUCUGUACCUGGCUGUACAUCACUCGUGUGGAAGAUGCCAUUGAGGAGUACGGACACUACAUGGAUGGUCUUCUGGACAGUGGACCCCAGGGUACCAAACAGCAGAGCAUGCUGGCGAAAUGCUGCAAGUGCAUGCCUCUGAUUGAUUAAACCUCCUGAAAGAAUGCCUUAAAUGGGGAGAAAUAUACAGGAAGUAGCGCCAGCUGUGGAAGAAAUUAUAGCUCUGUGAGACACAACAGCACUGUUACUGUUCUACACUGGUACAAGCAAGUUCUAUUUGUACUUUUAACAGUUAUGCCUGCGUUUAUCGUUUCAUCAGUAACAAUGUAAAAAUGGGUGGUACAAAAAGUGAAAAUUUACUGACGAUAGGGCUGCCUUCUUGCUUCAUUCUCUCAGGAUUAUUCUGCUAUGUCAGGCCUUAACUACACUAAAGAUGCCAUAUAUUUUCAUGUGUCUUGAUUAUUUAACUACUGCUGGAGAUAACGGCAAACUGUAAAUCUUAAAGUCCUGGAGGACUGCGGCCACAUUCAUUACAAUAAGACUGCUGUUUCUUUAUUUGUAGUACAUGAUGUCUAUAAUGAUUAAUGAUGAAAUAAAUUCUGACCGUAAACCACUUCGAAACUGAAAGGCUUGGGAAUUACUUUUCAUUUACCCUUUUCCUAAUAUCAUGGUGACUGUUAUUACCUCAGAUUGUCUACAGCUUAUAUUGAACCUUUACCUGAAACGGGGUAAAUGUUUAUAAGGAAACUCUUCAUUUGUUUUGCGUGUGAAUUUUUAUUGCAUAUAGUACAUUUUGAAUGUCAUUGUGUAUUAUUACAGUUCCAGGCCUUUCUCAAUCAGUACAUUUAACUGACAGAAGUGCAUGUGUACAUAUUUGUGUCUAUCUUUUGUUUUUAAAGUGUCUUAAAUCACUUUUUUUAUUGUGGUUGUCAAUAUGGUGAUGGUUAUAUGUUUCUACAUUGUCUGCUGUCUAUUUUGCCAUUUCUUUUUUUUUUUAAUGUAGAAAAUACAAGAAAAUCACACACUUAACUCUUAGAUAUUUCAUGGUACUGUAAAUGCAUGAGGCUUAAGCUUUAUGUCAUUAAAUAUCAGGAAAAUCAUACGAUUUCAUAUUUAUUUAAAAAUGAUUAAUUUUAUUUUAACAAAAUGUUAUAUUUUAUAUUCAACAUCAGUUGUAUGCAGCAUGCACUAAAUAUUGCAUUAUGAUAUUUCUGACAGUAUGGAGGCCUAAACAUUUUUCUUGGUUUUUGAAGUGCUCGGGUCUUGUUCAUGAUUCCUGUGUGUAUGUCUUAACCUCACUGUUAACGUCUGAAGCCCUGCUGAUUGAAUAAAUGAUGUUUGCGGAGUCGUGUGUGCAGCUGCUUUAGUGAAUUUUCUGUUUUCUGUCACGCUGCUUUGUCUUUGCAUGGGGAACCGAAUAUUCUGAAUAUUUCACUUGUAUGGAGUGGACACAUGUAACUGCUUGUCUGUAAUAAUCUUAUCUGCAUUUCCUCCAUGCAUCUUACAAUAGCCUGUGCUAUAGCUGGUAUACCACAAAAAAAUUGAUAUGCAGAAUUUUUACACAUUAGUUGCAGAUUCUGAACCCCUGUACAAAGAAUCACUUUUGCUGUUUAAUGUAUUUCAUUUAUCAUAUGCAGGUUUC